AUGGUGGACGUGGAUACAGGCUCUGAGCAGCCAGAACACCAAAUGACCGAAAUCGAGAAACCCCCCGUCGAUACAACAGAAGCUCCCGCAGUUCUGACGUCUGACCCGUCAACACUGCAGGAGACGGAAUGGCACGAAGUGAAUCAUCAAGAGGGUCAAGAAGACCAACAAGAAGAACCAGAUGUAGAAACCAAAGAAGAUGAGGACGAAAAGCCCGAGAUUCCACCAAAGGAUACAGAGGACGAAAACAUCGAGCCAGAACAACAAAUCGUUAAUCCACCACCGGAGAUCCACGAACCAACACCUUCUGUGGACGAUGCUUCAAACCCUCGAAUCCGAUCUGACUCAAGGUCUACAACCGCUACAUUUGCGACACAGCGGGGUGGUACAGUGAGCUCGACCGUAUUCAUCGUGACCGCCCUUGAUGCUAUCGCUUCAUCGCGGGAGGCCCGGAGAAGCAAAGAACUCGAAGGUGCCGUUCAAGUUGCCCUGAAAAGUGUCAAGCAACCUGAGCACCAAGCAAUUGACCCUGAACUUAUCUUCUACCCUCUUCACUUGGCAAGCAAAACGUUGAGUGUUCCGCUGCAGGUCACUGCAUUGGACUGCAUUGGCAAAUUAAUAUCAUAUUCCUAUUUCGCGUUCCCAUCCUCCGAGUCGCAAAACGAGUCCAACCCCGUACAAACACCCCUGAUCGAGCGCGCCAUCGAUGCGAUCUGCGACUGUUUCGAGAACGAAGCCACCCCCAAUGAGAUCCAGCAACAAAUCAUCAAAUCAUUGCUGGCAGCGGUUCUGAAUGACAAAAUAGUGGUUCAUGGAGCUGGUCUCCUGAAAGCCGUCCGUCAAAUCUACAACAUCUUUAUUUACUCCAAAUCCAGUCAGAACCAGAUGAUUGCCCAGGGAUCUCUCACUCAGAUGGUGAGCACGGUUUUCGAUCGAGUUCGAGUCCGGUUGGACCUGAAGGAACUUCGCAAUCGUGAGAUUGACCAGUCUAGUGCGGGCUUGGAUUCGCUGGGGAGUGACCACGGACCAUUCUCCGAAUCCGCUUCGGUAUCUCUAGCAGACCAGCCUUUCGCCAAGGAGCCCGGUCAUGAGAAGCUCACCCUGCAGAGCUUUGAGUCUUCCAAGGAAGUGACCACUGUCAACGAUAAUGCGCCGACCACAGUCACCCGUGCCAAGCUUGCGCGAUCGCGGUCAACUGUCGGGAUUCCCGAGGAUAGGGAAGAUGACAGCUCAACAGAAGAAGACGUGGACGAGAUCUAUGUUAAGGACGCGUUCUUAGUCUUCCGAGCACUGUGCAAGCUCAGUCACAAGGUCCUGGCUCAUGAACAGCAGCAGGACAUCAAGUCCCAAAACAUGCGCUCGAAAGUGCUUUCGCUACACCUCAUACACUAUCUCAUCAACAACCACAUCAACACCUUUACAUCCCAUAGUGCGUCUAUCAGGAACAGCUCAGCCAGCACCGAAGGAAUGACACUGCUUCAAGCUGUACGGCCACACCUUUGUCUCAGCCUUAGUCGAAACGGCUCCAGUGCGGUCUCCCAUGUGUUCAAGGUCUGCUGUGAGAUCUUCUGGCUAAUGCUGACAUACAUGAGAGUGAUGAUGAAGAAAGAGCUUGAAGUAUUCUUCAAGGAAAUUUAUCUAGCUAUCCUCGAAAAAAGGGCCGCUCCUUCGUUCCAAAAGCAGUAUUUUAUGGAAAUCUUGGAGAGGCUGGGUGGCGAUCCUCGUGCAUUGGUCGAAAUCUAUCUCAACUACGAUUGUGACCGUACCGCAUUGGAGAACAUCUUCCAAAAUGUGAUUGAACAGCUUUCGCGGUACGCUAGUUUGCCAGCUGUGGCAUCCGCCUCGCAGCAGCACCAUUAUCAAGAAAACCACGUCAAGUUGUCCAGUGUUAAUGCUGAAUGGUACCGUCGUGGAACACUGCCUCCAUCUCUCACCAGCACCAAUAUUUCUCCUCCACCCCCGCCAGCAGUGCCAGUCAUCCCAGCGGAUUACAUUUUAAAACAACAGGCUCUGGAAUCUCUUGUGGAGAUGCUACGGUCACUUGAUAGCUGGGCUUCGCAGCGUCAUGACGACCAGCCGGCUCCAAGUCCAGCUGUCCUAUCUAAAUCAAUAGACAACUCCCGCGAGUCCAUCGACACCAAUAUUCUCAUUUCACCACGUCCUGAACUGGCCGAAGGUAGUCCCACUGGCCAAUCUACGCCCGUGCCCGAUGAUGACCCCAACGAGAUCGAAAAGGUUAAGCAGCGAAAAAUUGCUCUCAUGAAUGCCAUUCAGCAAUUCAAUUUCAAGCCUAAGCGUGGUAUCAAGUUGUUCCUCUCGGAGGGUUUCAUUCGUUCGGAUUCACCUGAGGACAUUGCUGCCUUUUUGCUCCGCAAUGACCGUCUCGAUAAGUCGAUGCUGGGUGAGUAUCUAGGCGAGGGUAAUACCGAAAAUAUUGCAAUCAUGCAUUCGUUUGUCGACAAGAUGGAAUUCGCCAAGAGACGCUUCGUCGAUGCUCUGCGAGAAUUUCUACAGCACUUCCGUCUCCCUGGAGAGGCCCAAAAGAUUGAUCGUUUCAUGCUGAAGUUCGCCGAACGAUAUACAGAUCAAAACCCCAAUGCAUUUGCAAAUGCAGACACAGCCUAUGUACUUGCCUACUCUGUUAUCAUGCUGAACACUGAUCAGCAUAGUACCAAACUCAAGGGACGACGCAUGACCAAGGAAGAUUUCGUUAAGAAUAACCGAGGCAUCAACGACAAUCAGGACCUGCCAGCCGAGUACCUCGAAGCUAUUUAUGAUGAGAUCGGCAGUAAUGAGAUUGUUCUCGACACUGAGCGGGAACAUGCUGCAAACAUCGGUAUUCAGACAUCUGCUCCUGCUGGGCUAGCUAGUCGGGCUGGCCAAGUAUUUGCAACCGUGGGCCGAGACAUUCAGGGAGAGAAAUAUGCACAGGCUUCAGAAGAAAUGGCCAACAAGACGGAGCAGCUGUACCGCUCUCUCAUACGUGCUCAGCGCAAGACAGCUGUUCGAGAUGCACUUUCUCGCUUCAUUCCUGCUACAUCUGCCCAGCAUGUUGGAUCCAUGUUUAAUGUCACUUGGAUGUCCUUUUUGUCCGGACUUUCAGCACCUAUGCAGGAUACUCAGAACCUUGAGACUAUCCGUAUGUGUAUGGAGGGUCUCAAAUUGGCAAUUCGGAUCAGCUGCGCCUUUGACCUUGAGACUCCGCGAGUCGCUUUUGUGACUGCGUUGGCCAAGUUUACCAAUCUAGGAAAUGUGCGGGAAAUGAUGCCCAAGAACGUUGAAGCAUUGAAGGCACUACUUGAUGUUGCCCUCAGUGAAGGCAAUCACUUGCAUACCUCAUGGCGCGAGAUUUUGACGUGUGUCAGUCAAUUGGAUCGGCUGCAGUUGCUUACUGAUGGUGUCGACGAAAACUCUCUGCCUGAUGUUUCGCGGGCGCCCUCCACCCUCGACAGCCCUCGCAAGUCAAUGCAGAGUACCCGCAGCAAAACUCGUACGCGCUCAGUCAAUGGCAUUAACUCUUUCCGCAUAGAGGUCGCUAUUGAGAGUCGCUCAGCAGAUAUGGUUCGUGGUGUUGAUCGAAUCUUCACCAACACAGCCAAUCUAUCGCCUGACGCCAUCAUCGAUUUUGUGCGCGCCUUGAGCGACGUCAGUUGGCAGGAGAUCCAAUCUUCGGGACACACCGACUCCCCACGCACUUACAGUCUGCAGAAGCUGGUUGAGAUCAGUUACUACAACAUGACCCGUGUCAGGAUUGAGUGGUCAAAGAUUUGGGAGGUGUUGGGUCAACAUUUCAACCAGGUUGGCUGCCAUUCUAACACUCACGUUGUUUUCUUUGCAUUGGAUUCUUUGAGACAAUUGUCCAUGCGGUUUAUCGAGAUGGGGGAACUUCCUGGUUUCAAAUUUCAGAAAGAUUUCCUCAAGCCCUUUGAGCAUGUCAUGGCAAACAGCACAUCUGCUACUGUUAAGGAUAUGAUUCUUCGCUGUUUAAUCCAGAUGAUUCAAGCUCGUGGCGACAACAUCCGAUCUGGAUGGAAGACAAUGUUUGGUGUCUUCACAGUUGCGGCCCGAGAACCCUACGAAGGAAUUGUGAAUAUGGCUUUCGACCACGUUACGCAAGUCUACAAUACCCGAUUUGGCAUUGUGAUUACUCAAGGAGCCUUUGCGGAUUUGAUCAUCUGUUUGACCGAAUUUUCCAAGAAUUCCAAAUUCCAAAAGAAAUCACUGCAGGCCAUCGAGACUCUCAAGUCGACGGUCGUAAAAAUGCUACGUACCCCAGAAUGUCCAUUAUUUCAUCGUGGUAAUCCUGCACAUAGCUUCCAGGGCGAAGGAACCAACUUGGCCAAGCAGCUUACUCGCCAGUCACAAGAAGAGCAGUUCUGGUACCCUAUUCUGAUCGCUUUCCAAGAUGUCCUUAUGACUGGUGAUGAUCUUGAAGUCCGGUCUCGUGCACUGACAUAUCUCUUCGAAACUCUUAUUCGUCACGGUGGCGACUUCCCACGCGAUUUCUGGGAUGUGCUUUGGCGACAGCUCCUUUGCCCGAUCUUUGUGGUUCUGCAGUCCAAGUCAGAAAUGUCCAAGGUUCCCAACCAUGAAGAUCUUUCUGUCUGGCUAUCAACCACCAUGAUUCAGGCGAUGCGAAACAUGAUUACUCUCUUUACCCACUACUUCGAUGCGCUGGAGUACAUGCUCGGUCGCUUCCUGGAGCUACUUACUUUGUGUAUCUGUCAAGAAAACGACACAAUCGCCCGAAUCGGUAGCAACUGUCUCCAACAGCUGAUUUUGCAAAAUGUCUCCAAGUUCCGAGAGGAGCAUUGGCAGCAGAUCGUCCGUGCUUUUGUCGAGCUCUUCAGCAAGACUACAGCGUACGAACUGUUCACAGCGGCAGCAUCAAUGACAAAAAUGACAGAAACACCCACUAAUGGGGAGGCUCAGUAUGAAGCUGCAGCAGAAAUUCCAGACUCCUUGCAGUCCAAUGGAUCUCAGAGUGCUGUCUCGCUCCAGGAUGAGACAGAUCCACCUCAAACGGAAGCACGCGCUGAGCUUGAGGAUUACCGGCCGCAUAUAGAAUCGCAGCAGCAACCCGCGGCGGUCACUGUGACACGGCGUCGCUUCUUCAAUCGUAUCAUCACGAACUGUGUUCUGCAGCUACUCAUGAUCGAAACGGUCCACGAGCUCUUCUCCAACGACAAUGUCUACGCACAGAUUCCCAGUCAACUCCUUCUUCGACUGAUGGGCUUGCUUAAGAAGAGCUAUCAAUUCGCCAAGAAGUUCAACGACGACAAAGAUCUGCGCAUGCGACUCUGGCGUCAGGGAUUCAUGAAGCAACCCCCCAACCUGCUAAAACAGGAGAGUGGCAGUGCUGCCACUUACGUGCACAUUCUCUUCCGCAUGUUCCACGACGAGCGUGAGGAGAGAAAGAGUAGCCGUGCCGAGACUGAGGCAGCUCUCAUCCCCCUCUGUGCCGAUAUCAUCCGCAGCUUUGUCCGCCUUGAUGAGGAGACCCAGCAUCGUAAUAUCGUGGCCUGGCAACCGGUGGUGGUGGAUGUCAUUGACAGCUACAAUAAUUUUCCCCAAGAUGCCUUCGAAAAGCAUAUUGAAACAUUCUACCCUCUAGGAGUUGAACUCCUGAGUCGUGAUCUCAAUUCAGAAAUCCGUGUUGCUUUACAAGGUCUUCUACGCCGCGUCGGUGAAGUCCGAUUGGGUGUAGCCUCGGAUAAUUCACUGGACGAUCCCAUCAGCCCUCGCAGCUCUGUGUCACAGGUGCAGUCGAGACGAGAUAGUGCUAAGUGA